GAAAAGAAGUGGGAGCUCAAUCACCUCUGCACGACGUCUGACUUUCUUGGGACGGUCCCGCACGAGGCUUCAGCAGCAUGCGUUUAUUUCUGCAUCGCACGCCUCACCACCACAUGGACAAGAUAAAGCUGGAGUGACACCAGGACUAUUGAACUAGAUCGACAAAUACACACGUGCAUUGUGAAUGGAGCGAAGAAGAAGACGAGACGCUGCUUUUCAAAGCAACUGCAUAAUUAUUCUAACCGAAAGCACAAAGGGGAGGAGAGAGAGAGAGAGAGGGAGAGAAAGGGUAGCAUCCGCCUGCGCUGCAGGUGCUACAUCUGUGCGCGCUACUUUCCACGAGGUAGCUGCUUAUUUGCCAUGUAUUAAACCGAGCAUUGUUGAAUUUAAAAACGCAGACUCCUGCUGCUGCUGCUGCUGCUGCUGCUGCAGAUAAAGCGCCCCCCUGGAUAAGUCAGAGCGCACGGGACGGAUGUUGUGCGCGGGCAGGUGUAUUCAGCCAAGUGGAGGCGCAAAGCAGGAGCGAUGCACAACAGCCUGCAGAUACAACACCUACUCUGAAGGAAACCCCUUUCAUCCUGAGAUAUGCAGCUUGUUAACGCGUGUAUUCCCUUCGGAAAUGACUGGCGUUCCCCUGCAACUUACACACGAUGAUGGCCACGCGAAACUGGGCACCGUGGAACUGAUGGACGCACGGAGAUGAUGAGGCUGUAGUGGCCCAGACAUAAAACGCAGGGGGAGCUUCUGACUGAGCUGCUGCGCUCGAAUCAACCUGGUUCUCAUCAAGGACACUAUCUCCAGCAGAAGGAUGCCCGGGGCACUUUUAUCACAGUCCCUCUACAUUGGGAUGGAGGUGGUGAUCGCAGUCGCGUCUGUGAUCGGGAAUGUGAUGGUGGUUUGGGCGGUGAAGAUUAAUAAAUCGCUGCGAGAUACCACGUUUUGUUUCAUUGUCUCGCUGGCUGUGGCGGAUAUUGCGGUGGGAGCCCUCGUCAUCCCUCUGGCCAUCAUGAUCAGCAUCGGACUUCAAACUCACUUUUACAGCUGCUUGCUAGUGGCGUGCACGGUGCUGGUGCUGACGCAAAGUUCAAUCCUCGCCCUCCUGGCUAUUGCAAUUGACCGCUAUCUCAGGGUCAAGAUCCCGACCAGGUACCGGCGGGUGGUGACCCCUCGGAGAGCGGGACUGGCAGUUGUGAUAUGCUGGAUGGUGGCUUUCAUUGUGGGCCUGACACCCAUGUUAGGCUGGAACAAUCUGAGGCACCUCCAGCUGAAUGACACCAACAGCUCCGACCUUAUCACCUGCCAGUUUGAAAAUGUCAUCAGCAUGGACUACAUGGUGUAUUUUAACUUCUUUGGCUGGGUGCUGCCACCGCUGCUUCUCAUGCUGGUUAUCUAUGCAGAAAUCUUCUACAUGAUCCACAAGCAACUUAACAACAAGAAGUUAACCACCAGCCACACUGACCCCAACAAGUACUACGACAAGGAGCUGAAUCUUGCUAAAUCCUUGGCUCUAGUCCUUUUUCUCUUUGCAAGCAGCUGGCUCCCCCUCCACAUCAUCAACUGCAUCACACUCUUCUGUCCUGACUGCAAGAAGCCCAUUGUCAUCCUUUAUAUCGCCAUCCUACUCACCCAUGGCAACUCUGCUGUCAACCCAAUUGUCUAUGCUUUCCGCAUUAAGAAGUUCCGCACAGCCUUCCGUAAAAUCUGGCAGCAAUACUUCUGCUGCAAAGACACGCCCCCUUUAGACCUUCAGCCCAGCGACAGGAAAGAUAUCCCCAAUCUGGAGCACGAGCAGGCGACACCACAGCAGAAUCCAAUUCUCACAUCUGAUCCCCCACAGCAGCAGCAGAACCAGAGAACCGAAACACUGCAGCAACCUAAAGAACAUCCGCCCUUACAGGAGCAGAACGCUGUCUAAGUCAAGGAAUGGAGCUGAUUGCUGGUUGAGAAAGUAAUGAUCAGCACACUCUCCUCCUGGUGAGGAGUCUGAGGUCCCACAAUGCAGUUGUGACUAUAGGAACUUGGAUAAUAUCAAUUCUGGGAGAUAAUUUAUCUUUAACUCAGGAGGAGUGGAUUUACUGAAAGAUGUGUCAAAAAACAAGGGCAACAAGAGUAUCGAUAAACUUUGCAAUAGCGGAAGUCAUUUUUACAGUGACUCUGUUCCUCUUAGUAACAGACUGAAGAUAUUAAGCUUUAAUGGUUUUGUUCAUUAUGGGGACACAAGUUGUGCGAAUGUUACAAAAUGUGCAAUGUAAGUUAUUGUUGUUGGUCAGUAUGAGAUUAUCAAAUGUUAAAACUCAAAUGAACAUUUAUACAUUCAAUAUAGCAGGUUCUUCUCACUACUCUUGUACUGUGUGUAUGUCUAAACUGGCAGUGGCAGAAGAAUAUGAAUGUCAUAAAAGUGUAAAUAGUAGACUGCAGCAGCACAGCUGUGUAUGUGCAUCUUCAGGGUCUUAAUAGCACAACAGUGGCAGAGCGAGAAGCUCUGUUUGAGAGAUCUUUACAACAAGGUAGCUUGUAUGUGCUGAUAGAAGGGAUUUGUACUCCCGUAACGCGUCCACGCUGGAGCAGAGUCCCUCAGUGACCCGACAGUACUGAUCCAUUAGAAGGAGAUGGCCAGCGAUAUGAGACAAACUGCUGGAGGGAGUGGGAGCUUCUAACCUUUCAGAAGCUGCAUGCUGGAAAUUCAUGUCUGCAGGAGGAAAGCGGGUCAUGGGGGAGAAAGAAAACAUGCACUCAAAGCUUGUGUUCAUCCAGACUCCAUGCCUGCUGGUGGUGAGUGUGGGCUCUUCCUCUCGCCACUUCCAUCGACUGACAAUAACCUUAUUACAACUCACAGUGGCUUCUAUGGCCUUAUUCAGAGUUCUAAUCAGUUUGACUGAACCAUAAAAGACGGCUUAAAGAUUGUGAGAUCUUUACUAAGCUUAACAUUUUGCAUACAGCCAGACUACAACCUAUAAUUAUUUUCAGCAC